AUGACCACACGGCGACUACGCGUCCAGGGGCAGUCAUUUCGAGAUCCGCAGAAUCGAGAAAUAAUCCUGAGAGGAGUCAAUCUGGCAGGCGACCUGCGCUCCCACGAUCACCGGCAUUCCUUGGAAGCGGAUAAUGUCUCAUUUGUCGGACGGCCAUUUCCUUUAGAGCAUGCCGAUGCACACUUUCAGAGACUCCGGAGAUUGGGGUACAACACUAUUCGAUACACCUUUACCUGGGAGGCCAUCGAACAUGCUGGCCCGGGCAGGUACGAUACGGAAUGGGUGGAAUUCACUGUGGAGAUACUUCGCAUCGCCAAAAAGUAUCGUUUCUACUUCUUCAUGGAACCAUAUCAGGAUUUCUGGUCUCGAUUGUCAGGAGGAUCAGGCGCACCCGCAUGGACCUUCUACGCAGCCGGACUAAAUCCAGAGUCCUUUCAGAAUACCGAAGCCGCCCUUUCCCAACACACACCGGACCUACCCGCAGACUCCCCAAAAAUGCCAUGGUGUUCCAAUUAUACAAGACUGGCCUGUCAGACUAUGUUCACCUUAUUUUGGGCCGGUCGAGACUUUGCGCCAAAGGCGAUCAUUAAUGGUGUGAAUAUUCAAGACUAUUUGCAAGGCCACUUUAUUGUGGCUUGUAAGUAUCUCGCACAAAAGAUCCACGAUGCAGAGGAUCUUGAUCACGAUGUGGUUAUCGGCUGGGAGAGUUUGAACGAGCCCCACAAGGGACUAAUAGGCAUUCAUGAUAUCUCAAGAGUUCCACCAGAUCAACAUCUCCAGCUUGGGACUUCUCCGACCGCUUUUCAGGGUAUGCUUCUUGGUUCUGGAAGGCCCUGCAAAGUUAUCACAUCGCAGUUUGGAAGAUUUGGACCACGCCAGACUGGUCACAAGUUUAUAGACCCAAAGGGCGAUUCAGUUUGGCUACAAUCAGAGUGUAAUCGAUAUGGCUGGAAACGAGAUCCUGGCUGGAAACUUGGGGAAUGCCUUUGGGCUCAGCAUGGGGUUUGGGAUGCGGCCAACAACAGCCUGUUACAAAAGGACUAUUUUUCGAGGAAGCCCGGCGAUAAGCAAAGGCUAAGUUACGAACGUUUCACCAAUACCUAUUUCUUGGGACAUUAUAGAGCUUAUAGAGAUGCAAUCCGUAGUGUCUGUCAAAGCCUUAUCUUGUUCUGUCAACCCCCUGUCAUGGAGGCACCACCGAGCCUAAAAGGAACCCCCGAUGACGAUCCAAAUAUGGUUCAUGCUGUCCACUUUCAUGAUGAUCUGGCGCUUAUGACGAAGCACUGGAAUCGAUUGUUCAAUAUCGAUAUUCUUGGAGUGCUUCGUGGUCAAAACUCGAAGUCGGCGUUUGCGGAGAAAUCCAGCGAGGGAUCUAUUCGCAACAAACUGCGUAAACAGCUCCGAUGCAUUCGCGACGGAAGCUUAAAGAAUGUUGGACAUCAUCCCCUCAUCUUUACAGAGGUCGAAAUUCCAUACGACUUAGACAAUGAAAAUGCCCAUGAGACUGGUGACUAUAGGAGUCAAAUCAAAGUACUGGAUGCGUACCAUUGUGCUUUGGAAGGGAGCAGCGCCAAUGGGUUCACUAUGUGGGGCGAUAUGACAGAGAACAACGUCCAAUCAGGUGAUCAACUGAAUAAUGAAGAUCUAGAGCUGCUGGAGAGUCACACUUCGCGUCCUCUAAGUUCCAUUUCCCUAGGGUCUUCUCAUGGUUGUUCCACUGAGCAAAGUAUGGAAGUCGAUCCGCAUGUUCAAGACCUUCUAAAUAUGUGGUACAUGUCCAUUCGUCAAGGUGCAAAGGCUAUCAUGCCUCGCACUUACUGUGAUCAGUCCCAAGGAAUGGUGCCUCAGAGGCGAGGCUACCGCCCAUCAAUAGCAUAUCUUCGUCCCAGUCCGGUCCGUGUGAACGGUAGAUUAGACAGUCAUGGGUUUAAUAUGGAGAAAUGCACGUUUACCAUGACCCUGACUGCGGAGGGCACGACCUUCCAUUUUCCAAGCGUGAUCUAUCUGCCUUAUUACUACUUCAAAGACGGAGAGACCAAAGUCACAGUUAGUGGAGGCCAAUGGAAAAUUGUCGAGCAGGACGACAAUAAUGUCAAGAUCCAGUGCCUACUAUGGUGGCAUGGAAAAGGGACGGUAGACAUCCUAAUCGAAGGGAAACACAAGGAUGUUUGGUAUUGA